GAUGGCUACAUAUAUUCUGUUUCGUAUAUCCAACUGCUCUAUGACUAAACCAUCGUAAAGAAUUUUUGGAGCUAAGUACUUCCAAAGUCACUUAUAAUCCUGGUUAAACAAAUACUGUGAUGCACGUUACAAGAAAAUGUAAUGAAAACAAAUCUUUCUUUUCGUAUAACAUUGGCGAUUUAACAUAUUUUGUUUAAUCCGCCGGAGGGGACGUAACACAUUUUUUCUAAUCACACCGGGGUAUGACUGACGCAGGCUUCUUCAAGGGUACAAGUGCUGAGCAAGAUGCCAGGUUCGCUGACAAAAAGAAAAAGUUAAUGAAAACUAUGAAAUUUGGCGAAAACUUGGCUCAAAAGGUUGACAUGUCCAAAAUUAAUUUGGAGUCUAUAAGACCAUGGAUUGUUAAACGCAUAACAGAGCUUCUAAACUUUGAGGAUGAGGUCGUCUGUGACUACAUUUUCAACCAGCUGGAGGAGCGCGUGAGUUUGCCCACUUUUUUGUUGUUGACACUGGAUUUCUCACAGAAGCGACUUCAGUUUUGGUUAGGGCUAGAUAAGGGUCUAAACAUUAUCAUGACUUACUGCUGUUCGAUAAAUGUCUUUGUCUGAUGACUCUGGGCCAUUGAAAACUUAAGUAACCAUUAAUGGUUACUUAAAUAAUCAAUUUUGUGUUUGCCUUAAACAACCUAUCACCUACGUAGUCCUUUAGUGAAAGUUCAGAGUUUCUCCUCGACGCCUACUUCUAGUCGAGGUUUUCUCGUCCAAAAGCUGAAAAUGUAGGCUAUUUUACUCAAAACACCUACUUGCCUGGAGCUUAAUUUCACCAUAAUAUUGCUCAAUUCAUAUUUCGUGCGUAAAAGCUGCCUACAAACAAGUUGCAAAAAAGUAGUGGGAUGUCUUACUGUCUCCUCGAAACAUCCUAGUUUGGGGUGUGUCUAUUUAUGAAAUUAGUUUUGUUACCUGUUGAAGUUCAAGCAUGCACUAAUAGUCAUGAUGUGUAUGGCUGUCCGAAACGUGAGAACGGCACAGAUGUUCAUCGACCUCGUUACCAUACCGAAUCAACUGACUGAUGCGAUUAGUGCUUCUUGUAUACACAUUCUGAAUUAGGGCAGUUAAUUAUCGUCUCUUAAACUGUAAACGUUGAACCGCGUUGUUUGUCAUGCCUCAUUCUGUUCUAAAGGCAUAGGUAAAUCAGUUGGCUUUCUUCAAUGCUGGCAUUUUUCUGAAUCACUAAAGUUAGCAUUUGUGGGAGCUAAAUAUUAAUAAGGAAAAAUUUCAUAACUAAUUGGUGAUUUACUAUACGUCGAAACCACGGGAAAUUUGCAUUAAGUGAAAAGUAUCUAGAAUUUUGCUUUCUUUAUCCAUUGUUUGUACGUUAUCGUGUCAUCUCCCAAUCAGUUUUUAGUAUUUUGAUUUCUUAUAUAAAUGCAGCGUGUUCGGGGUUUAAAAUGCUAUUACAUUUAUAUCGAUGUAUGCCAUGGAACAUUACGUCUAUAGUUUCCAAUUGAUACUUUUAUUCUACACUACCGAAAUAAAAAUCGUGGCUGUCCAGUCGUUUAGAUGCUUAUAUCUACAGAAAAGCUGAUUUGAGAGCAGCUAUUCUUUUUACAGGGGCUUAGCAUUUUGUACUAACUUCACUUUUUCCAACAUAUGAAAUUAGGUUUCUACAUAUUUUAGUCAACCACCAUAAGUAUUUUAGCGUGUCAGUUGAAAAAUAGUGAAUAGAUUUUAACGUAGUUGGGAUUUAUUAACUUACGAAAUAUAAACCAGUUAGUACCUUAUUAUUCCAUUUUUAAAUUAACUUAUAAUAAUGAUCAUUUUUCCAAUUUUAAAGUUGGUUUCGAUUAAAUUUUCAGGUCUUUUGGGAUGCACAUCGACAAACAAUGGUGGAACUCAGGUCUCCUGCGACGCACUGAGUGCGCUGCCGGUACACAUUUGAGCUUGUCUGAAAAUCUAUUAAUUUAAUAAUUAAUUCUCAUUGUCAGUUAAUUGGGUAUUCGCUUCCCCAACUUAUGUGUUAUUUUCUGUUCCUUCUAGCAUCCAGACCCAAAGGAAAUCCAGAUUAAUAUAACGGGAUUUCUAAACAGCAAAAAUGCGAGGGUGUUUUUAUCCGAACUGUGGGAUUUAUUGUUAUCUGCCAUGCAGACACCAGAUGGCGUUCCUGCAGCUUUUCUGGAAGCCAAGAAAGAAGAGAUCGCAAAGCGUCAGGAGGAUGAAAAGUUUGUUCUCGAAAUGAGAAGGAGGGAAAACGAGUUAAUUCAGAAGGGAACUAGUCGAACGUCCAACCUGAGUUCUGAACAAAUGCAUAAUCAGAAGCGCGUUUCGUCCGUCAAAAGCAAUGGAGUAGCAGAAUCUGAAGAGCCGGAAACUUUUACCAAUCGCAAUCGUUCCACUUCACGAACAGCAUCACCAGCCCCUCAACCACCUACAACUACCAUAGAAAGUCGUGAAAAACUCGAUGGAGCAACUAGUCGAACUGCUCAUAGAGAUGAAACGAGUUCGUCGCGUUCCCCUGAACAACACCGUCGCCGUCGUCAUCAUCGCCAUUCUCCUGAGAGAUGUCCGGUCGACACGAAACGUCGUAGAUCACGUUCACGCUCUCGUCACCGUCGUCAGCGUUCAAAAUCUCUCUCCAAACUGGUACAAAAGCCGAAAUCACCUGUCACUGACUGGAGAAAAGACUUGAUGGCCGGUAGACGUCGCAGUCCACCGGAAAUGCCUGAGAGUAGUUUUUAUGGAAAUGAAAAACGUUCAAAAGGCCAUAAGCAUUCCAAAAAACAUGAUAAACAAAGACAUGACAACAGUCAUUCACACAAAUCUCACAAAAGGUCUCCAUCUCACAACUCUGACUACUAUCGAUCGCGCAAACAUACUCAUAAUUCUGGAUCCCGACAUCAUAACAUAGUCGAAGUCAACGAAAGAGAUCAAAGACCAAGUUAUUUGGAACAAUCAAGAAAAGAUAGUUUUGCUGGAAACUACAGAAAAUAUGAAGGUCCUGACCUACCUUUUCAUUAUGAUCAUCGUUCGUCUAGUAGAUACAGACAAGAUGCUGAAUCACACGGUCGCAACGCAAGCCCAGAACCAAGCCGCACGCGCGAUAGAGAAUCUGAUUGGCAUCUCAGAGAUCAUGACCACCGACAUAGUCACCAUUCUGGUUAUAUAAAAAGAAGAGAAACCUCAUCUGGACACGGAAAUUUAUCCUUGGAAAGACGUCAGUAUCAUCGUUUACCGAGUCCUGAAGGACCAUCAUUGCCCCUAAAUAUUUCUAAAAGACCUUCAGAUUCCAGGAUAAUCGAAGGAGUCCCAAGUAAGCGCACAAAACGUGAGGCAUCUGCUUCGUCAAGCAGCUCAUCAACCAGCAGCAGCUCUAGUAGUAGCGGUAGUAGUAGUAGCAGUAGUAGUGGAAGCUCCAGUAGCAAUGAAAGCGAGAGCGAAGAAAAUGAAGAAGAAUCCAAAAAGACACAAAUUGAAAUCCUGAAGAAGGAACCCACCCCUGAAGGUCCUGCUCUCCCUCCAGAGUCGGAGGUAUCCCAACCCGAAGGUCCUGCUCUUCCCCCAGCUGUUGAACUCGCCGUAGAGUGGUCGGAAAACCCAGCCCAUUCUGGAUCAACAUCCCCAAGUUCAACAACUUCAGGAUCUUCUAGUGGCGACGAACACAGUGAGGAAUCGGGAUCAAGUGAUAGUGACAGUGGCAGCAGUAGUGGCACCGGUAGUAGCAGUAGCAGUGAAAGUGAAAAUGAAGCCAAAACAGAACUUCACAAAUCUGAAAGAAACGGAAAACACCCUAACAAUCUUGGAAAUCAUAUGUCUCCUGAAGGUCCUGAAUUACCUCCUACCUCUCGUUCUAGUUCACAUAAGAGGAAUGACUCCCAUGAAUCAGUUGAAGAGGUUUUACGUCGACGAGCUUUGGAGUCUUUACUGCGGAGCUCACAAAAACGCCGUGGUUCUCCUUAAAUGGAAUGAGUCAAUUUCCAUUGAUUUGUGGAUUAAAUUUUACAAUAUUUUACUCUUUUAUUAUUUGAGACAACACAUACUUAUGCCGGUUUAAAUAAAUAGGAAAUAAAUGUAAACAAAAUCUGGGUUGUUUUCCUAAAAAAAAGUUCUUCAAUGUGAUCAGCUAUCUUCAUAAUAAACCAGUGUAUUGUCAGUUAUUGAAUUUCCUUUAACUCCCUUUUGUAUAGAUACUCCAAAAAUUCAUAAAUUAUGUUUGUUGAUAUGAAUGUUAAAUUGUAAUUUUUUUUUUUUUAAAGAAUUGCAUGUCUUAAUUAUACUGAGUUUUAUAAUAUGCAAUCAUUAUGUAACUAAAUAAAGUGAAAAUUUACUCUCAUGAUCAUCAGCAUUGAAUAUCAGUAUUGUAAGCAUGGUAACAAACAAAGUUAUUUGCCAUUUACUCUCUUCUUAAUCCAAUUGAAAUUUAUCAUAAAAGCGUAUUUAACUGAAGUUCUACUUAAACAGUGAGAAUUUUUUGCAUUAAGAAAACAUACUUUUCAAUUAUAUCAAAUAAAACAAUCAAUUUCAAAAUAACUUUAUUUGAGAAGUUAGAUAAAUUCUUUAAAAUUUAUGAAAAACCGUUGCACUAAUGCUUCAUAUGUGAAACUAUCUCACCCACUUCUGUUGUAGCAGUUGGAUAGUAUCACUAACCCUCAAAACUGGAUGAACAAAUCUGUAGUUGGUACAGAUCUCUGAACUUGAAAUGUUGGUGUUCAAGAUAUAUAUAAUGCUUGGUAAGCGUGGCUUCUAAGGUUUCACCUUUUAUCACCGUAUAAAGACUUAGUUGGUAUUCUAUACCUACUUUUUUAGAAUACGACAGUACACACCAGAAUAUCAGAGAACGUUGGGAUGUAACGAACUUUGACAUUCGUAAUAUAACUCAUUGAAUUCAGGUUUAAGUAGUGCACUUUAGGGCACAUCUUUUGUACGAUAGCUGGUUACACUAAUCAAUUGUCAAAACUGAAGGUUGAGCGAGGCUCAAACCCUCCUUAGCUACUUAGUGACCGUUCCUAACCUUUCUGGUUACAUUAUAAACAGUUUAGUAAAUAUGACCUAAUAAUACACAAAUAAGCCUCUCGCCAUGCCAGUCAAAAACCCGAUUACGACAUCCUCAGUAUUUGUUCUGAAAUUUAAGGUUCAUUGUGAGAAGUAUUUAUUGAGUUGUAUUUUUCCUCAUUUAGUAAACCAGUAUUGGGAUAAUUUGACUCUCAGCUGAUCCAAAUAAAAUACAAUUGAGGUGGUUCUAGGUUCUUAAAAGCUAAUGGCCAGCUUGAAACAUCUGUUGAAACUAACGUAGGUCACCAGCUCGUGUUGUCAUUAGGAACGGCCUUAUUAGCGAAGUGAUUAAGUCGUAUUGUUAGACCGGUAACAAGUGUGUAUCGUUCCAGCUUUCUAUAACCCACAUCGUUAUAGCAUUUGAAGAAAUUAUUAAAGUACAAGAUAAGAGGAUUUAAUUUCAAUCGCAAUGUAGGUCGAAACAUCAGUAGUAAUGUCCUGAAACGAUCAGUGAGAUCGAAAAUAUAGACCAAGUGAGCAACUUCUCCCUAACAAAUUCUUUGUCAUAUCACUCAAUAUUUUUAACCACCUAGUUAAUCGGGUUAGACCUCAAAUAGGAAGUCUGCUCUAUUCAACUUGGAUUAUCUCAGUUUGAUAACUACAACUAUUUAACACUAUUCUAUAAUCCUUUAGGAAAUGCUUAUAAAUAUUAAUCCUAGAACACAUAUCAGUCAUAUUGCUACGAAAUCGCUACUCAUUAUCUAGUUCAUUGAUAUCACAGGUAUGAAUUCAAGUUUCUGUGUAAUAUUGAACAAUAGAUUAAUUAAUUAAAAUAUAAUAAUAAUAACACUAUUUUUAGAAUUAUAUAAACAAUAUAGCCUUUUAAUAUUAUUGAUUAAUUCCUGAUGUAAGCCAUUGUUCAAGUGUCUUUUGUUUAGUUAAUGAGAGUACAUUAGAAGAAGUAAGUCAAUAUCAUUCUUGUUCUUUCAUUCAUUCAUUCAUUCAUACAAAGACCAUAAUAUAAGAACAUGAAUCGAUA